AUGUCUGCCUACGACUCACCGAUACCACUUUCUGAUAUUGAAACUGUUCUUGCCUGGGUCGACACAUUCAAACUAUCAAGACCUACCAAGAAAAUAAACAGAGACUUUUCUGACGCUGUGCUUCUAGCGGAAAUCCUAAGCGUACAUUAUCCCAAGCUUGUGGAGAUGCACAACUACCCACCAAGAAAUAGUCACUCCCUUAAAUUGAACAACUGGAUGACUCUGAAUAGAAAAGUAUUAAAAAAGCUUCGUUUGAACCUGUGCAGCAAUACCAUGGAACAGCUCGCGAACUGCGCUCCUGGAGUGAUCGAACGGGUUUUGGUUAUGGUAAGAGAUAAAAUCCGUCGUGAUGAAGACGCCAAUCGAUCUCUGAAAGAGUCUGAACAAAAUGUUUCUAGCGGCGGCAGUUAUUACGAGGCUUGUGGGGAUGAGGCAGAACAUGUAUUAGUAGUUCCCGUAAAGACAAGAGUGAAUGGAGUUUUAGAAACGAUUCAACAGAAAGUUGUUCACUACGAAACACAUCUAACACUUAAAGAAGAACUAAAAGAUGCAAAGGAAACUGUAGAAACUCUGAAACAAAAGGUGGAACACUUGGACAAGCUACUGAAUUUAAAAGAAGAGAGAAUAGAAGAAUUGCAGAAACAAUUAGAACGAAAACAGACAAAGCGUAAAGAGGUUGAAGCUCUUCAGAAUAGUUUAGCCGUUCCUUUCGAACCUGAACCACCGACACCCAAAAUUAUUGACCUGAUACCUGUUCCCAGUAAGACCGGUUCAUCAAAAUCUCUAGAAUCUACCAGUAAAGUAUCCAUUGAAUCUAACAAACAACCAAAUCAAGAAUUAAGCAGGAUUUCCAAGGAAGACAGCAAAAUUCCGAUACCCAAACCAGAUAUCCCUAAAUGCAAAUCCAAACCGAGCAUUACUGAUGUUGAUUUCAAGCAUCAGAAUUCUGAGGAGAAGAUUGAUGUGGAUAGAAUCAAGUCUGAUGUUUUCAAGGAAAUUGAAAUAACUGAUGACCUGCAUAUGCCUCCGAGCGUGCAAGAAUUUAUCACGAUAGAAAAUAGCAUUAGGCAAGAAGUUCAAGAUAUAUGUGAUGCUGUACAUUUACAAGACACUUCCUAG